AUGUCAUCCACUACAGAGAAUGAACCAACAGAGAAAAGAGCUAAAAUAGAUGAAGAUCCAGCUAUCACAAGAUUUAGAGAAUACUUAAGAAUAAAGACUGUUCAUCCUAACCCUGACUAUGAGAGUGCUGUCAAGUUUUUAGAGAGACAAGCCAAAGAGAUCAAUCUACCUUACCAAUGUCUUGAGCUUGCUUCUGGUCGUCCUAUAGUCAUAAUGACUUGGAAAGGUAGUAAUCCUGAUCUCCCAUCAAUAAUGCUAAACUCCCAUAUGGAUGUAGUACCAGUAUAUCCAGAACAUUGGACAAGUGAUCCAUUUGCAGCUGAAAAAAAGGAGAAUGGAGAAGCUCGUGGUUCACAGGUCUCUCUCUUCUCACUCACUCUCUACCUCUCUCUUCUCCCCUCUCCCUCACCCCCCCUUCUCACUCAAUAUUCUCUACCUUCUAUUAGGACAUUUCUCAAUAUUCCUGUAGGAAUGCAAUAUCUUGGAAUGCAAUAUCUGAUACGAUGUCUUAAAAACGCUAAUGUCCAACCUCUACGCUCAGUCCAUGUCACCUUUGUACCAGAUGAGGAAAUUGGUGGAACACUGGGAAUGCAAUUACUGGUAAAGUCAGAUACCUUUAAAGAUCUUAAUGUUGGUUUUGCCUUAGACGAAGGACUAGCUAAUCCUACUGAGAAUUUCACAGUAUAUUAUACUGAAAGAUGUAUUUGGUGUUUGAAGGUUAAAGGUACUGGUAAUACAGGACAUGGAUCUCGUUUUAUUGAAGAUACUGCUGCAGAGAAAUUGGUUAAAAUGAUUAAUAAGUUAAUGGAACUUAGAGAGACCAACCGUCAAAAGUUAUUAUCUGAUCCUAAUCUCAAACUUGGUGAUGUUACAACUAUUAAUAUGACAAUGUUAGAUGGAGGAAUUCAAAUAAAUGUUGUUCCAAAUGAACUAUCAGCUUCUUUUGAUAUCCGAGUUGUUCCUUCAUUAGAAGAGUUAAAGAGGUUAGAACAAACCUUGGAGGAGUGGUCAAAGGAGACUGGCUGUACUAUUGAAUGGCUCGUGAAGAAAGAAUAUAGUCCUCCAACAAGUAUUGACCCCAGUAGUCCAUGGUGGACUGCAUUCUCUUCAACAUGUGAUUCAAUUGGAAUCAAAUUGGAAGUUGAAGUAUUUCCUGCUGCUACAGAUGGACACUAUCUCAGAAAAAUUGGGACACCUGUCCUGGGAUUCUCCCCAAUGAACCACACCCCUAUCUUAUUACAUGACCAUAACGAAUUCCUUAAUGAGAGGGUCUACCUCAAUGGUAUUGAUAUUUACCAGAAAUUGAUACCAGCAUUAGCAGCUGUACCACAAUGA